UUGAUAAUCUGAUCAUCGGUUGAUCUACCCAAAACCCUAAACCCUAAUAGAGAGAUGUCGGACAGAGAUGAUGACUCCGAUGCUCCCGAAGAAUUCACAUCCGAGCAGGGACUGCGACAAGACGAAGAGAUAAGAAAAGUUCAGAGAGAAAAUAAGGCUAGGGUUGUUCGAGAAGGAAAAGAGCGUCGCAGACAAUGGGCUCAACGAAAAACACCACGCACAUCUGGAGGUGAUGAAAAUGUCCAAGAUGUUAUUGAAAAUGACACGGCCCAGGAAUCUAUGGCUAGUGGAGGAAUGCUUCCAAACAACAUUGUUGAACUCCUUGCCACUCGUGAGAAGCAAGUCUUCUUAUCGGACUCUGAAGAAGAGAGGACCGAGGAAAAGCCAUCCUCAAAGAGGAAAAAGUCCAGAGGCAAUGGGCCAGAUCCUGUUAUACUGAAGGACAUACCACCUCCUCCAUGCUUACAAGACGCCUUGGAAUUUUUGAAGAAAAAGAAAAUGCAUGUUUCAAGGUCGUCGUCAGUUUUGAACAACUCUAACCAAGCUUUCCGCCUCCUAUCAACAUCUGGCUUGUUAAGUAAGAAAUGAGGAACUAGAAUGUCAGCUUAUUGAGUAUUAAUGCUAUUUUUGCACCUAUCAACUCUAACCUGUAAUAUUAGUGCUAUUUUUGCACUACCCCUGCUCCAUCAGAGGCACAUGGGUGUUCCUGAUCAACAUAUUUUAUGAGUUUAACGUCUUGUGUUAUUAAUUGCAUUGUUCACCACCACUGGAAAGGGGGAUACCUCCAUUUUUCCUGUGGACUUUAGCUCA